GCGCUUUGCACCUGUUUCGAGCGCUAUUAGUGCCUACUAGAAUUGACGGCAAACUCUAGAACGUCAACGCGUUCAGCAGAUGCCGUAUGAUUGCCGUAUCCGACUCCACCAGCGACAACUUUUACAAAAAUAAAGCGGUUUUCCCUAGCUGCUCUUGCUCUUUUUUCUAAGCGGCAAAGGAAAACACGCCAACUCUAUAAUAAUAUCUCAAUUGGGCCGUUUCUCCACCAUAUAAUUAUUGCGGUUUCUCGCAAAUGAUAAUGAAACUCUUCAUCUGUCUGUCAAUAAGAACAGCCAUGGCAACAAAAUAACAAGUCUAUUUGAUCUGGUGGGCAGAUUUUCUCGCCACAUAGCAAGCCUUGGCAGUCAAGUGGCGUCAGUCUUAACAGUUGACUGAUAUUUUGACAGUCGCAACGAGCGGUCGGAAGUGCAUCGCUUUAUAUACUGAAACAGAUUUUGCCAUCCAGCCUCGGGAAGAGCUAUAUACGUAUACAUCGUUUUCCGCUGAAUGGCGUGUUCGAAGAAAAACUGGGCCUACACUUUCAUCGGAUUUGGGAUUGCGUUUCUGGUGAUCGGCAUCGUUGUCGGAUUCGUUAUUCCGAAAAUCGUCAUCGGCAUUGUCGAGGAUAAAGUAUGCGUGGAUUCUUUCUCAGACUCCAACUACGGCGACUGGAAAAAAGAGCAACCUGAUCGCGUUCUUACGAAACUCUAUUACUGGCAGAUAACAAACAAAGAUGAUUUUCUUUAUAAUGGAAAGUAUCCCAACCUUGAAGAACGUGGUCCAUACGUUUACAAGCAAGCAGCUGAGAAAAUCAACGUCUCUUUCGGGGAAAAUAAACGUUCAUCAAAGACGUGGAUGAAAAAGGCCAAAUUUUUUAAAGAGGAAUCUUGUGAUGACUGCGAAGAGGAUGACAAGAUCACCAUCUUAAAUGCUGGCUACUUAGGUUUGAUGAAGAAGUUUGGAGGUGAUCAGGGAUUCGCAAUGUUCUCUCUACCCGGGUCUAUAUCAUUCAUCCUACAGCAGUUUAACUAUUCCUUCGAAGAGUUGGGCAACACGCGAAACACGUCGUGGAACGACCCGACCCAAUCCGGGUGGAAAAAUCCUGGCUUUGGAGCAUGGAUUCAUGCAAUGCAACCGAAAUACAACACGUCGACAAAUUUCACGAGUUCUGAAAUGAAAGGACUCUAUGAAGUCUUGAGAAACAAGAGCUUACUUUUCGGCGAAACGGAUACAAACGCGACGUUGAAAAAAGAUUGCGAAGGGAACAGAAAUCCUGUUCAGGAAAAGUGCGGAUUUUUAGCCCAAAUGACGGCGAUGACCAACACAACGAAAACGAAACUCUCUGGUCUGAAUGGGUUAAUUUCUAGUACAUUAUGUCUAAAUGCUGCCACACAGUGUUUUAACAGAACCAACUUGUUCCGAGCGAUUCUUCCAUAUAUACAGCAUGUCAGCAAAUUCACAAUGUGGCUUCUCGUCGGCUCCCGAUCAUACGAACUGGUCACCACGAGAUCACAGAAGGAUAUCGCUUUAGGGUACACCAUGGAGAUUGGCCCUGAAAAGAUUCCAAUACCCGGAAUUGUGAGAGGUUAUGACAAUGAAAGUGAAGCUGAAAAAGUUGCCAAAACAGAAACUUUCUAUACCUGUGAAGCCGGAGACAGCAAAAAACAUCAAUGGGCGGAGUUCGACGGGAAGUCCAGCGUCUCUGGGAUCCCCGGCAUAUCAGAAAAAGACGCGACGGUGAAGGGUUACUCACAGACGGUACCUCGUUCAGAAACGGCCGACAAACCCUGUGCGUUCUCACACGAGCUACCUUUUAAGAAACUCGAACUAUUUGCAAGUCAACUUGGUUUGGGCGUCGAAUUGCAAUACACAAGUGAAGCAUCGCUCCAUGGCCUUGACCUGAAAAGAUUUACGCCCCACAAGGAUACGUUUCUGAAUAACAGCGGUGUUCAUGAAGGAUACAUUUAUUACUCGUUGGGACAAGGUGGGGUACCGGUUUACGUAAGCCUAGCUCAUCGACUAUACGCCAAAAAAGACUACCCGUUGUCCUUUAACCAGUCACCCAAAGCAGCGAAACACGAAAGCAUGGCAGACGUGGAACCCGUUACAGGCAUAACAAUAAGAGGCCUCAUGAGACUACAGAUGAACGCAGCAAUAAAAAGUAACAUGGUGACAGUAGAACGGAUCAGGGGGGCCCUAAACAUCUCAUUUCUCGCCGAGGAAAAUGAUGUGCUGUAUCGUAAAAGCAUUCCAGUUCUGUGGGGAGAAUACGGAGGUCAGGCGACGAAAGACGAUAUUGACGACAUCAAGAAGCAGGUUAUCGGAACGCUGGGUCUGGCCUGCGGUGUUCUUAUCGCAGUUCCUGUACUUGGUGGCAUAUUCAUUAUCGUUGCCGUCGUUCUCUUAGUAAUCACCGCUAAGGCUAAUCAAAUUUCAGAAAUGAGCAAGUGAUAUAUCAAAUCAGGACCUGCAGACCUGCACAUUAAUUUUAAAAUGUUGUCAAAUUUCUUAUCUUCGCCCUUUAAGUCACCUGAAAAAUUUGAUAUGCUUUUCUUUGGUUUCUUACGUUUUUGUGGUUCUUGAAUGUUGUCAGUGAUCAAUGAAGUGGACAAUUCUUCUGGGUGGACAAAGCAUAUUAUAUUUCAAUGACCACCGACGAUAGACGUCGCUGAUGAAUUACGAUGUACAUGAAAACCAGGCUUAGCACAGCUUUCCAUUCAAGUGCAAAAUGACGCGCGGUCGACUUUUUGCGGACGCUUUAUUUUAGACGCAAACAGUCAAACGGAACUGAUCUCAUUAGAUCAGCUGGACUGCAACGCAUUUCAAAAUUAGUCUAGUUUAUUAAAAAAUGUUACAAAUUGCAGCUGCGAAGCUGAAUACCGGCUACAAUUAUAAAGAAAAAUGAAAUAGGAAAAUAUUUACACUACAGCUAAUUAGUUUAUAGCAAGGCUAUUAAUAUAUUUACAAUUUGCUGCUUCAAAAACUCUAACCGACGGCGGAAUAAAAGGACUUGAAAAUCUAUUUGUCUUUGCUUUGUCAGUGAAAAGGCGAAAUUAAAAAAAAUACGAUUACAAAAAAUCGACCGUUUGCAUUGAAUGGAAAUCUCUUAAUGCUGAUAGUAGCGUAGCAACAAGCCUGGCGGUUUAAUCAGGCUAUGUUAAUAUUUCUGUGUUCAUUGACUGUGAAAUCUCAAAAGUGUCAUAAGAGCGGUCGUAUUCAUGUAGUUUUAAAGUGCCUACAUCACUCGUUGGAUCUUUAUGCGUUUGAAAAGAACGUAAAAAGUUAGUUAAUAUAUUAAAAAACGUUUUUUGAUUUAGUGCAAUAAUUUCGAAGA